AUGUCAAAGCGAGACGUGCUCCAAUUUGAAGGACACAAGUUCCUCAAGCAGCGUCUGGUCCUGUCGAUCCUCAGCCAACGGCCAGUGCGCAUCGACAAGAUCCGGUCCACAGACGAAAACCCAGGGCUCCGCGACUACGAAAUCGCCCUCCUCCGUCUGCUCGAAAAAGCCACCAACGGCACCAACAUAGUGAUCUCGCACACCGGUACAUCGGUGCUCCUGCGUCCAGGAAUGAUAACCGGCGGAAAACUCGACAUGGACUGCCCAGUGAGCCGCGGCCUCGGCUACUACCUCGAGGCGCUUGUCGCCCUGGGGCCCUUUGGCAAAGAACAGCUGACCGCGGUGCUGCGCGGAGUAACGAUGAAUAAUUUGGACUUGUCCGUAGAUACUUUGCGCACGGCGACGCUGGUGAAUUACCGCAAUUUCGGAAUCGACGAGGGCGUCGAGCUGAAGAUCACCAGGAGGGGGGCGCCGCCGAGGGGCGGCGGCGAGGUGCGGUUUAUUUGCCCGUGUGUGCGCGCCGUGAAGCCGCUGAAUUUCGUGGAUCAGGGUCGGAUCCGCAGGAUCCGCGGAAUCUCCUACGCCACCAGGGUGUCCCCGCAAACCGCCAACCGCAUGGUUGAGUCCGCGCGCGGCGAGCUCAACCGGUUUAUCCCGGAUAUUUACAUUUACACUGACGUAUACAAGGGCGCGGACUCUGGCCUAUCCCCUGGCUUUGGCCUCUCGCUUGUCGCCGAAUCCACUACCGGCGCCCUGAUGACCGCUGAGCUCUGCGCCAACCCUGGAGAUGCACCUGAGGAUAUAGGGAGGGAUGCGGCGAAAAUGCUGUUGAACGAGAUUUCGCGCGGUGGAUGUUUCGAUUCUGUUCAUCAAUGGAUGGCACUGCUGCUGAUGGUGCUUGGCCCAGAGCAUGCUUCGAAGACGAGGAUUGGAAAGUUGACCCCGUUUUCUAUCCAGUACUUGCGUGAUAUCCGCGAGUUCUUCAAUACGGUUUUUAAGAUCAAGCCGGACCCCGAGUCCAACACUGUGCUGAUGACCUGUCUGGGUUCGGGCUUCAUCAAUGUCGGCAAGAAGACCACAUAA